AUGUCGAACGCGGCAUCCCACGAAGAAGCGUCCAAGGCUCACCUGCCUAUUCAAUGGCGCGAUCAAUGCAGCGGCUUGCUCAUCUCCCUAAACAAGUGCAGGAGAAAGGAGAGCUACUUGCCCUGGAAGUGCGAGCAUGAAAAGCACACCUACGAGGCAUGCCAAUACGACGAUUUCAUUCGUCGUCAAAAGCUCCUGUCCAAGCAAGUGCUAGCGAAGAGGGACGAAGCUGCCAUCUGA